GGAUCAGUCCUGUCAGUGGAGCGAGAGGCGCGGCGCACUCACUCACUCUACACACACACACACACACACACACACACACACACACACGGCACACACACGCACUGGUCGACACGCAUGAAAGGUGCGUCGGAGAGUGGACUCACCGGAGGACUCUGAUUCUGCGUGCGGGAGACUAAUCGGAGCAUGAACGUGUCAUCCAGCCAUCGAUCCACACCUCUAGACAAACCAAGGGAAAAGCGAACGGGGACAGAUUUUUAAUAAUUCUACAUCCUCCCUGACGGAGGGCGACGCACGUUCCUCUUGUUCAGCUAAAAACUGUCACAGUUUUACAUGACUGAAAAAAAAAAAAAAAAAAAAAACACAGCGCUGGAUCUAUUUUCUGCAAAGAUCUUCUUUUUUUUUUUUUUUUUUUUUUGUGCUCGGGAGUUUUUUGAGGGGUGACAUUUCCACUGCAGCGCACAAACAACGAGCGACAGUAGUGCGUGUUUGAGCGCAGAUCUCCUCAGUGACUCGGGACUCGCCUCAGAGCGGAGUUUGACUCCUCAUCAUGGGGAAAGACGCACAGACUGUCGGACGGAGAGCGCCGAGAUCCUCGCCCGAGAUGUUGACCGUGUCUUGGCUUUUGAUCAUUCUCUUGGUGGAUAUCGGAGUGGCUCAAGUUGAGGAUGACUUCAUUGGUCUCGGUGAUCUGCCGGAAACCUUCCCUUCCGAUCCGCCCGAGCCGCUGCCGGUGUUCUUAAUGGAACCGGAGGAGGCCUACGUUGUCAAGAACAAGCCGGUCAACCUGUACUGCAAGGCCACGCCCGCCACCCAGAUCUACUUCAAGUGCAACAGCGAGUGGGUUCACCAGAAGGAGCACACUGUGGAGGAGCGGGUUGACGAGAACUCCGGACUUGUAGUGAGAGAGGCCAGCAUAGAGAUCACUCGGCAGCAGGUGGAGGAGUUGUUUGGGCCGGAGGACUUCUGGUGUCAGUGUGUUGCCUGGAGCUCUGCAGGGACCACCAAGAGCCGCAAAGCCCACGUUCGCAUUGCCUACCUGAAGAAGACAUUUGACCAGGAACCUCUUGGGAAGGAAGUGUCACUCGAACAGGAAGUGUUGCUCCAAUGUCGCCCACCUGAAGGCGUCCCAGCUGCUGAGGUGGAGUGGUUAAAGAAUGAGGAAAUUAUUGACCCUGCAGAUGACAGAAACUUCUACAUCACCAUCGAUCACAACCUGAUCAUCAAACAGGCCCGCCUCUCUGACACUGCCAACUACACCUGUGUCGCUAAGAACAUCGUGGCCAAGAGACGCAGCACCACCGCCACAGUUAUUGUCUAUGUGAAUGGUGGUUGGUCGACAUGGACAGAGUGGUCGGUGUGUAACAGCCGCUGUGGCCGUGGUUACCAGAAGCGCACACGCAGCUGUACCAACCCAGCCCCACUCAACGGCGGCGCCAUCUGUGAAGGGCAAGGCAUCCAGAAGCUGCAGUGCAAUCCUCUCUGCCCAGUGGAUGGCCUGUGGACAGAGUGGAGUAAGUGGUCCACCUGUGGGACAGAGUGCACCCACUGGAGGAGGAGAGAAUGCGGCGCUCCAGCACCCAAAAACGGGGGAAAGGACUGUGAGGGCAUGGUGCUCCAGUCCAAGAACUGCACCGAUGGGAUGUGCAUGCAGAGUUCCUUUUAUCAGAAGUCCUCUGAGGCAAAUGACCAGAUUGAUUUUGGAAAUCCAUUGGCCCCCAGUACAGAUGAUGUAGCUCUGUAUGUGGGUAUUGUCAUAGCGGUGAUCAUGUGCCUGGUUAUCUCUGUCGUCGUGGCGCUCUUCAUCUACCGGAAGAACCACCGCGACUUCGACUCUGACAUCAUCGAUUCCUCCGCCCUCAAUGGGGGCUUCCAGCCAGUCAGCAUCAAGACCACCCGCAAAGCUGAUCUCCUAACAGCACCUCCUGACCUGACCUCAGCGGCCGCCAUGUACCGCGGGCCUGUCUACGCCCUACAUGAUGUGGCUGACAAAAUCCCCAUGACUAAUUCCCCUCUGCUGGACCCUCUUCCCAACCUGAAGAUUAAGGUGUACAACUCCUCAGGCUUAGUGACCCCACAAGAUGACCUGGGAGGGGAAUUUUCCUCUAAACUGUCCCCUAAGCUACCACACUGUCUUCUGGACAACAAUGAUUGCACCAUGGGCCGUCGCACACAGACCCAGACGUUGCUCCGCACCAGGGAUCCAUCUUGCACCGCGCUGGGCUCCUUCAGCUCACAGGGAGGGCACCUCAUUGUGCCCAACUCAGGGGUGAGUCUGCUUAUUCCAGCGGGAGCCAUUCCUCAGGGCAGAGUGUAUGAGAUGUAUGUGACGGUUCAGAGGAAGGACAACAUGAGGCCCGCGGUGGAAGAUGGCCAAACAGUGCUGAGCCCUGUGGUGAGCUGUGGGCCCCCCGGGGCCUUGUUGACUCGGCCCCUCAUCAUCACCAUGCACCACUGUGCUGUGUUUGAUGGCCAACAGGAUUGGUUGAUCCAGCUCAAGAGCCAGUCACAGCAGAACCACUGGGAGGAUGUGGUGGUGGUAGGAGAGGAAAAUUUCACCACGCCAUGCUAUAUCCAAAUGGAUGAUGAGGCCUGCCACAUCCUGACAGAGACACUGGGUACCACCUGCCUAGUUGGCCAAUCUCUGAGCGCCUCAACCACCAAGCGCCUCAAACUUGCCAUCUUCGGCCCUGUCACCUGCCCCGCCAUGGAAUAUCACAUCAGAGUCUACUGCCUGGACGACACACAGGACGCCCUCAAGGAAGUCCUACAGAUGGAGAAGCAAAUGGGUGGGAAGUUGUUGGACGAACCAAAGACUCUCAACUUUAAAGACAGCACCAACAACCUGAGACUUUCCAUCCACGAUGUCCCCCACACGUUGUGGAAGAGCAAACUACUAGCCAAGUACCAGGAGCUUUCCUUCCAGCAAGUGUGGUGCGGCUCACAGAGAAACCUCCACUGUUGCUUUACCCUGGAGCGGUUCUCUUCCAGCACUGUGGACCUGGCUUGUAAGAUAUGUGUGCGCCAGGUGGAAGGAGAAGGACAGAUUUUUCAGCUGGACACUACACUGUCAGAGGAAACCCAGAAUAUUGACACGUCUCUGCUGGACCCUGCCAGCAACAUCACCACUCUGGUGGGGCCCAUUGCCUUCCGCAUCCCUGUCUCCAUCAGACAAAAGUUGUGUGGCAGUCUGGAUGCACCACAGACCAGGGGAAAUGAUUGGAGGAUGUUUGCCCACAAACUUAACCUUGACAGGUAUCUUAACUACUUUGCCACCAAAUCUACUCCUACGGGAGUGAUCCUCGACUUGUGGGAGGCCCAGCAUUUUCCUGACGGAAACCUCAGUCGCCUGGCCCAGGUACUGGAGGAGAUGGGACGCCAUGACAGCCUUGUUCCUGCAGCGACUGAACACUGACAUCUGCCCACCAGGGAGUGUGACAUUCCAGGGAGGAAGAAGACAUAAAAGAAAAUAAGAGAGGUGGACGCCGAAGCGCAGGCGAGUCAUUUGGCAUCACAAUGACAAAUGCUGAUACACACUCACAGGUACUGUGUGUGGGUGUGUGCACACUCAGAGAAGUAAGAAGAAAGAAACCGCUAGGUCUACUCAGCCAUGACCCAGUUAAACAUUGGCAACAAAGGGUGUAAAAACUCGGAGGGUAAACAAGAAUCUCUGUCAUUUCUCUCUCGCUGUUCCACACUCUCUCUUUCUGGUACAACGACUUGAUAUUUUUGGUUCUUGUUUCCUUGGAAACAGCUGUCCGGUUAUUUGGAUAGACUGCGAAUAUGUGGAUGAUGCCCUUGCCAUAAACAACAGUCUGAGAAGUGAUACACUAUCUAAGGUCAAAGGAGCAAAGGAACACUGCUUGGAUCAGAGGAAACAUCUCUCACUCUCCGAAAACAGUCUCCAUAGCAACUCCAUGGAUGAGUAUGUGUCCUGUGAUAACAUAGUAUUUAAUAAUAUGCCUAUUUAAACAUAUCUUUUUUGUAUUUUAUGCUGCCUGUUAAGGAAUAUUUGGCAGUGUCCUCGCAUUUUGUUUCCUGUUCUGUUAUGUUUGACUGUAUCAUAGCACCUCCAGGUGGACUCUUGCAGUAAUGACUCCUUUACGCGUACAGAGGGAAAUCAAUGAUGUAACCAUUUUACAGCUUAAGUCUUGCUGUCGUAACUAUUUUUAAUACUUUUUAUUCAUGUCAUGUAUAACUAAUGAUUUUCAAUUAUGUGUGCUUCUUUUACGUGAUUAUUUUUUUGAUAUCUUUUAAAUAUGUUUCAUAAGUUGCAUUGGUUAUGAUUUUUCUUUGUUUUCUUUGCAUGUUUAUUAUCAGGUCAUUUGGCUAAUUACAUCAAUUUAUCGCCCCUAAAUAAAGGGUGGUCAAGACAAUAUUCCCAUACUGAAUAAAAUUGAUGACUGAUGCUGAUGAUUUGUAUGUUGUUCAAGAUCAUAUCAUCUACAUUAAAGAACCUAGUCAGAAAAGAGAGAUAGGGAAUCAAAUAAGUAUAUUUUUCUAGGACCAAUGCAACUGAAUACAAGUGCUUUGUACCAAAUAAUUGACUUACAGUGUAUGAGGUCAAACCGAGGGCGGUCAUCUAACUAUCACACCAUUUAAAAAGUGUCAUUUAUUGUGUUCGGAACUGAAUGACUUUCAGCUGUAAUUUUGGAAAACAGACUAGGAUUCUGUGUUUGUAAAGUAAUGAAGCCGUCAGUGUUUUGAUGACACUGAAUGUGUUCGUAAAAAUAUGUGAUAGUUGUAAAUGCAACAUUCCCUUGAUGCAGCAGCACUUGUGACUGUUCCAAGUGUUCUUGUUUGGUUCUUGGUUUUAUUUAAUUUUUUAAAUUGCAGUUGUCCCAGUUUUCGUAAAGCCGUCUAUGCAAACUUUGCAUCUUUCUGAAACAAUCUUUCCAUUCUCAGUGGGCUAGCCUUUUGCAUUCCCUAGUUGUUCUUCAGCUUCAUGAUUAUUAUUGUGUAUAGUGAGAAUGUAGCCUGUCUGUUUCUGGCACUCAUGACGUUCCUUGCAACUGCUUGCAUUUCAUCUGUCAAGUUAUUGUAAAAAGUGUAAGAAAGAAUUUUUAAGACUAAUAAUAAAUUAUAUUUAUA